AUGAUGAAUACGUGUGAAGUGAAGGACGUGCGAAGGCUGCGUCCGGCCGAUCACAUUUGCAUCUGGGACACCAGUCGAUGGCCGUUCCGAUACACGCACCACGGCAUUGUGUACACUGCUGGAGAAAACGCGGACGUCAUUUCUAUCGCCCAUGUUUGGUCCCGCAAGACGGGGCUGCGGGAGUCGCAGGCAGAUUCGCGUUUCCAGAUUACAAGUCUCAGUGAGUUUCUGAACGGGAGACCAUUGCAAGGCAUGCGCCGAGUGCAGUACAACUCGUCGUUGGUGGCAGAAGCUAGCUCCCUGUUGGGAGAAGUGCAUCGAACACACGCUGACGCGCCCCCUGUGGUGUUGGCGCGCUGUCAAUUUCUAUUAGGUCUCGGCCAGGGACAUUUUAGCAUCUUAUCGUUGAACUGCGAGCACGUGACACUGUGGUGUACGACGGGUGUGGGCUGGUCCAAGCAAGUGCUGUCUCGGGCGGAGACCAAGGUGCCGUUCUUGACGUCGUCUAUGAAGUCGGCACAAGCGCUAGUGCGACUGGAACUGCAGUUGCGGGACAUUCGAGAGGCCGCAAAGGAAAAGAACAGGCAGUUAGAAGAGCUCCGAGGUAAACGAGUCUACUUGCGACUGAAAGGUACUGGCAAGUUUGCAAAGAGAUUUGGAGACGAACUGUUUCUUGUACAGGAUGAUCCGAGUGAAAAGGACUGGGCCUUCCGUCAGAGACCGACGUCGCUGAGGUUAGCAGUUCGCGCCUCGGCUUAUAAUUGCGUGUGUGUAGAAUUUGCAGACUACGAAAGAUCUGGGGAUGUGCUAGGGGGGUUCCAGUUUGAUUUUGGAUGGGAGGGAGAACUGCAGAGCCUGCGUCAUCGUCGAUGGUUUGUCGGAGCGCAGACUCGCAACGGACUGCUGUGCCCAUUUAUUUCGCGAGAGAAGGCUGCUACGUUUGAGAUUAUUGAUGCUGAUGCAUUGGAUGCUCAAAGCCCAAUGAUCGAGCCUUUCGUUAGGGACUCGGUAGAAUGCGAGUCUCAUAUUGUUCGAGCCAUGACAGGAUCCGAGUCAAAAUCCGAGUCUGAACCUGAAAUGGGGCUGGACGAAGACGAAGAGAACGAAGGUAUUAGCUGA